UAGUUACAUUUGUAUUUAUGUAAAGCUGGGGUUGUGUCUACGUAUUUCUAAAUAUUUUACAUCUGAAAAUUUUGUAAACUGACUGAAGAUAUGUAGAAGAAUUUUACCACAUUACCAAGACAUAAGCAAACAAUUACCCUGCAGAGCAUUUAAAAAGUUAAUAGAAAGAUGUCUGAAGAUAAGAAACGAGGUGAGGAUGCUGUCGAGGAUGGUGGGCCAGGUUUAGUGUACAUGCCAUUUGUCGUGAAUGAAGAACUUGUUGAUAAACUCAGACUACUCAGUUAUGAAACUGAAUUUAUAAAACCUCUUAAUAUGAAAUCCAUGAGCAGGCAUUAUUUUGCUAUUGCUACUAACCCAGGAGAACAGUUCUUCAUGUUCACAUCACUAGCAGCUUGGCUGUUAAGAACAGCUGGGAAGAACUUUGAACAACCACAGGAGUAUGAUGAUCCUAAUGCAACAAUAUCAAGUAUCAUUGCAGAAGUUAAAAGAUUUGGUCAAAAGACCCAGAAAUCUGGUAGCAAUGAUAAAUGCGAAGUUAUAGUUAUUAAUAAUUACUCAGUGGAUUUCCCUCCAUCCAAGUUGAAGCAAGGUUGUGGAGAACAUUGUCUGUAUGUACUGGACAGACUGGCUGACGAGGCCCUGAAACAUACAAACUUCAGAUGGGGAAGACCUGAGUAUCCCGAGGAAGAAUUGGAGGAGGAAAAUAUUGUAGAAGAUGAUGCUGAACUGACAUUAAAUAAAGUUGAAGAUAAUAUAUUUGGGAUGCAUGACGAUGAUGAGGAGUUUGAAGAUGAUGAACCAAUGAUGGACCUUGAGGGUCUGAGAAAACUAAAUCUUAAGUCCAAUGACGAGAAAUCUAAGCCAGAAGAGAUCAUGGAAUCUACGACAGAUGCUGCUGACUGGAAACUUGAAGUAGAGAGAGUUUUACCACAGCUUAAAGUUACCAUUAGAACUGAUAAUAAGGACUGGCGUGUUCAUGUGGAACAAAUGCAUCAACACAAAGAGGGGAUAGAAACGUCACUGAUCGAGACCAAGUCAUACCUUGAUAAACUCCACGAUGAGAUCACACGUACACUAGAGAAGAUAAAUAGUCGAGAGAAAUACAUAAAUAACCAGCUAGAGCACCAUCUGGUGGAGUUUAGAGGAGCACAAGACAGUCUCGCAGAAACGAAAGAGAGAUAUAGACAAGCCAGUGGUGGGGUCACUGAGAGGUCAAGGUUAUUGGCAGAGGUAACUGAGGAAUUAGAGAAAGUUAAAAUGGAAAUGGAGGACAGGGGUAGCAGUAUGACUGAUGGAGCUCCUCUGGUGAAAAUCAAGCAGUCAAUCACACAGUUAAAGAAGGAGAAUACACAGAUGGAUAUCCGUCAAGGAGUUGUAGAACAUAUUCUCUUACAAGCGAAACUUAAAGACAAAACUUCACAAAACAAGCAGGCCCAUUCAACUAACCCUUCCUCUUCUCAAUAUCCAGCAUCAUAUUAAUUUAAACCAUUAUACAAACAAACUAGUUGUGAUCAAGUAACUGCUACCAGAUUGUUUCCAUGUGCAGAUAGUAAAUUUACAGUCAGCUAUUAGUUGUAGCUCAAUGAAUAUCAGUUGUUUUAAUGUACAAUUAGUUUUGUACAGUUUACAAUUAGUUGUGUACAGUGUACACUUAGUUGAAGUAACAGUUUAAUGUACAUCUACAACUAGUUGUGUACAAUACACAGUAAGUUAUAGAAAAAGAACUACCUGGUGUACACAUUGUGCAACUAGGUAUUCACUUCUAUCUUAACUGUUGCAUUUACAGCUGAUUCUCUAAAAUAAUUUACUUCUAGCAACUUCUUGUUUUUGAUUUACAACUGGUUAAGCAUAGUUGUCCUUACUGUGAUAGACAAAACCACCUCUCUCAUUAUUGGAUCUGAUAAUUAUAUCCAUGAAAUUCGUAUCUUUGUAAUAUUGAAAAAGUGAUGUCGAAUAUUUUUUGUUUUACUUAAAAAAUGUCCUUAUAUAUAAAUCUGACAAUACCCAUGUAUUAAAGUAAUUAUGAAAUUUUUAUUUUUUUGAUGGAUCUGUAACAAAAGAAUCUAGGUGUGUACUGAACUGGAUUUUAUUCUUUUGAAAAUUCAGCAUUAAUUGAAGUUCAUUUUGUGUCCCUUAAAAGUACUUUCUUUUGAUUUUCAAAAAGCUCAACUUUAUUACAUGGUAAAGUUACAACCUCUACAGGAAAAAACCAUUUUGGAGACAAAAUGAUUUUGGUCUUUGCUGAGAGGUGUUGCUCUAGGAGAGAUCAAAUUAUCUAGAAUUCUUUUGAAGGAAUUGAUAUGGUUGUUAUAUAGAGGUUAUUGCUCUACAGAGGGUCACUCUGCAGAGGUUAUACUGUACUAUAAGUUCUCUACUGACAUGUUUUACGUAGCAUUGAAGAAUCGUACUCCGUCCAAAUUAUCUUGAUUGUGCUUUAAGUAAGUAAAAUUAAAAUGUUGUGUAUAUUUGUAUGUAUUUAUUUAUUUUGUUAAGAUUAUUUUUUUGGAUGUCCACUUUUCAAUAGAUAUAUAUAAUGAACAUGUUGUAACUCUUGUCGAUGAAUAGCUGUAAUUGAAAAUCCAUAAAUCAGUAGGUAACCGUGUAUUUUUACACAUUUAUAAAACAAAGUAUUGUCAGUCAAUGGUUUUUAUGAAGAUUUUGAGUAAAAUUUUUUUCUCCUUGCAAUGCAAUAAUGAAAUAUAAGAAUACAUUCUGAAGAAAGAUUAUCACUUUGUCCAAAAAUUUCAAAGUUGUUGCCCCUUAACAAGAUUAAUUUUUUACAAGAAAUUUGACUGGAAUUAUUUUUUGAAGAAUUUUUUGGUACUAUGAAACCUUACUGCAAGACCAUUACAUGAAAUGUUUUCAAAUUGUUGGUCUCUGCAAAUGUAUGUACAUGUCCGUUAAUUUGACUAGCAUUCCAAAUAUUGAAUUGAUUUAGAUAUAUUUUAUAAUUGAAUAAACAUUGAAAUCUU